CCUCCCCUCCCCGCCGCCGCCGCCCUCUUCCACUCCCUUCCGUCUCUCUCCUCUGCACCCUCGCAUGUUCGCACACGGUAUUGUCAACAAAGCUGGAGAACAAGGGGGACGCGGGGGGAUCAGGGUCAUCAAGGUAGACGCGGGACGCCCCUCGCCUUGACACUCAUUGAGGACGAGUCGGAGGAUCGAAGGGACGGCGCCAGGAGCCCAAAGUGACAGUAAACAGGGGGCGAGCACGCACACACGGCAGGACUGCUGCUUUGCUCUCCAUGGUGGUCGGGACACUUGUAGUAUGUAUGAGAAGUUAACCAUGCUCAACCUGCAGAGUGGCUCUAACUGGAGCGGGCCUAACAACUGGUACCAUGACCCCACCGGUGUACAGACUCAACACAGCACAGUGUCCGAGGGCUGCCUGCUGGAUACGGAAGGCGGCAUGGGAGGUGAGGCGGUAGGAGUCGGAGGAGGAGGAGGAGGAGGAGGAGGAGGAGGAGGAGGAGGCCCAGGCCGAGGGGGAGGCGUGCCCGUGGAGAGGGACGAGGGCGAGGAGUCGCAACUGAGGCUGCAGCUCAAGCGGAAGCUGCAGAGGAACCGCACCAGCUUCACGCAGGAGCAGAUCGAGGCGCUGGAGAAAGAGUUUGAAAGGACACAUUACCCAGAUGUCUUUGCAAGGGAGAGACUGGCCAAUAAGAUUGAUCUACCUGAAGCCAGGAUACAGGUGUGGUUUUCCAACCGGAGAGCCAAGUGGAGGCGGGAGGAGAAGCUGCGCAACCAAAGGAGGUCAGGAGGUGUUACUUCCUGUUCUCAGAACCAAGCCCCCCUAACCACCUCCUUCAACACAUCCGUCUAUCAUCAGCAGCACGGCAGCAGUUCAGGGUCCAUGUUGAGUCAGGCUGAGUCGUCGCUGCCCAGCUACAGCUCGCUGUCAGUUUUCUCAUCUGGAGUCCAGUCCAUCCCUCCCCAAUCGGCCUCCUCCUACUCCUGCAUGUUGCCUCCAUCUCCAUCUGCCCCGCGCAGCUUUGACUCAUCAGCAUACUCCUCCCCUCACCUGCAGACUCCGCCCUCAGCCAACUCCAACACCGGCCUCAUAUCACCCGGCGUCUCGGUGCCGGUCCAGGUCCCGGGAACUGAGCAGCAGGGCAUGAGCCAGAACCUGGGCCAGUACUGGGCCAGUACGCUGCUGGGAUUUGCUAAGCAUUUGCUCAGGCUGCAGGGUAGCAUUAGACAUAGUUUGGGAUUAGGUUUAAAGGGCGUGGACUGUUUCACUGAAAGGAUGCAGCGCUACUCAGUAAAUGCCAGCAGAUCCAUUGCCAUGGAUCUACAGUGGAUGGUUCUGAGUUUGGCCGCGUGUGCAUCAGCUGCGCCUGAGCAGUACAGCAGAGCAGUGGAUUGGUUGAGCAGGUAUGGCUACCUUCCUCCUCCCGACCCGCGGACUAGUAAGCUGCAGACCAAGGAGGGCAUCGAGAAGGCCAUUCGCAUCAUGCAGAGAUUUGGUGGCGUGAGGGAAACCGGCGUGCUCGAUGGCGAAACUCUGCGGCUCAUGUCCACACCGCGAUGCUCUCUACCUGAUAUAGUCGGAAGCGAGGACAUGUUGAAGAAAAGGAGGAGGAGGAGGAGAAGAUAUGCGCUGUCAGGAUAUAAGUGGCACAAGAGUGACCUCACAUGGAGCGUCCACAGCUACCCAUCGCCCGCCCUCUCCCCCGGCCUGCCUUCCACCUUGGUGGACAACAUCCUGACUCACGCCUUCAAAGCCUGGGGUGACGCCGCUCCCUUGACGUUCCGCCGCUUGAGCGACGAAACCGGCGGGGACAUCAAAGUGUCGUUCAAUCGCUUGCUUCACGAGGACGGGUACCCCUUCGACGGGGAGGGAGGCACCCUGGCCCACGCUUUCUUCCCGGGCUCGGCCGACAUUUCCGGUGACACACACUUUGACGACCACGAGAGGUGGAGCUACGGAGGAGACACCAGCGGCACGACGGACUUGUUCACUGUGGCGGUGCACGAGUUUGGCCACGCGCUCGGCCUGUCCCAUUCCUCCUCCGACCCGUCCAUUAUGAGGCCCUAUUACCAGGGCCCCGUGGGAAACAUCCCCAACUUCCAGCUGACCCCGGAUGACAAAAUGGCCAUUCAGCAGCUUUAUGGCACCAAGAAUGGUGAGAGGCCGGGCAGUGUCGAUCCCAAUCUCCCGCGUCUGCCCAGUCCGCCUCCGCCCAGACCAACACGGCCGUCUGAUCCGACUAUUCCUGGCCGCUGUGAUGGGGGAUUUGAUGCGGUGGCCAACAUCCGAGGGGAAGUUUUCUUCUUUAAAGGUGCGUUUUUUUGGAGGACCAAGAGAGACGGAUCUCUGGUGUCCCUAAAUCCGGCUGAGAUCAAAAACUUCUGGAUGGGCCUUCCAGCAGGCGUUAACAAGAUUGACGCUGUGUAUGAAAGGAAGAGCGACAGCAGUAUCAUCUUCUUCAUUGGGUCUCAGUACUGGGUUUUCAAGGACACGAUGGCCAAGAGCGGAUAUCCACGGCCCCUUUCCGAAUGGCGGAUGACGAGGAAGAACGGUGCUCUGGUCGACAGGGUGGACGCCGCCUUCAUCUGGGCUCAUAAUGGCAAUACCUAUUUGUUCAGCGAAGGAGAGUUUUGGAGGUUUGACGAGAGCCACAAAGGCCAGCAGGGCACCAGGCAGCCGGAACCGGACUAUCCACGCAAUAACAGCCUCUGGACUGGAGUGCCCUCCCGCAUGGACGACAUCAUCAGCUGGGGCGAAGGUGACGCCUAUUUCUUCAAGGACAACCAUUACUGGGUAAUCAAGAGUGGAGGACUGGACCAAGAUGUAGUGACCCCAAAAUCUAUUGCCGUGGACUGGCUCCGAUGUUCUGCUUCUCCGGCCAAUCCUAAAGACCCGAAGACAUGCAGCUGCAACCUUACGGACUCGUCUUCCUCACAGAUAUGCAGCUUCCUUCUGAUGUCUCUUUUGUUGGUAAUCAAGGAGUUUGUUCAUAAAAUACAACAUUGAGUUUGGA